AAGAAGGAAGAUGGCGGCCGGGGCUGGGUGGUGCCGUCCUUAGCGGGGGCGGCGGAGCGGGCUGAGCCCCCCGGCGAUCGCUCGGUCGGUCCCGGAGGAAGGAGAAAUAGGUGAGUGCUGGCAUCCGUGAAGAUGGCGAGCCUGGUGACUCAGAGUCUGUUGACUUACGUGGAAGAGGAAAAUGUUCCUGCUCUUAAAGCACUUCUCGAGAAAUGCAAGGAUGUGGAUGAGAGGAAUGAGUGUGGCCAGACUCCACUGAUGUUAGCAGCUGAACAAGGCAAUCUAGAGAUAGUACAAGAGUUACUUAAGAAAGGAGCUAACUGCAAUUUGGAAGAUUCGGACAACUGGACAGCUCUUAUAUCAGCCUCAAAAGAAGGUCAUGUGGAUAUUGUGGCAGAACUACUUAACAGUAAUGUUAAUUUGGAACACAGAGAUAUGGGAGGAUGGACAGCUCUCAUGUGGGCGUCUUAUAAGGGCUGUUCUGAAGUAGCAGAGUUGCUUCUUGAAAAAGGUGCAAACCCAAACAUCACGGGCCUGCAAUACAGUGUUUAUCCAAUCAUUUGGGCAGCAGGGCGUGGCCACGCAGAUAUAGUCUAUCUGUUACUGCAAUAUGGAGCCAAGGUCAACUGUUCUGAUAAGUACGGGACCACGCCGCUGGUUUGGGCUGCAAGAAAAGGCCAUUUGGAUUGUGUUAAACACUUGUUACACAUGGGAGCUGACGUUGAUCAAGAAGGAGCUAACUCAAUGACAGCGCUUAUUGUUGCCGUAAGAGGGGGCUACACUCAGUCUGUAAAGGAAAUUUUGAAAAGAAAUCCAAACGUGAAUUUAACGGACAAAGAUGGAAAUACUGCUUUAAUGAUUGCUUCGAAGGAGGGACAUAUCGAAAUUGUACAGGAUCUUCUUGAUGCUGGGACAUACGUUAAUAUUCCCGAUAGGAGUGGGGACACAGUGUUGAUUGGUGCUGUCAGGGGCGGUCAUGUUGAAAUUGUGAGAGCCCUGCUUCAAAAGUAUGCGGACAUAGACAUUAGAGGACAGGAUAAUAAAACUGCCUUGUAUUGGGCUGUCGAAAAAGGGAAUGCUACAAUGGUGAGAGAUAUCUUGCAGUGUAACCCUGAUACCGAAAUCUGCACAAAGGAUGGUGAAACGCCCCUCAUAAAGGCAACCAAGAUGAGAAAUAUUGAAGUGGUAGAGCUGCUACUAGACAAAGGAGCUAGAGUUUCAGCUAUAGACAAGAAAGGAGACACUCCCCUCCAUAUCUCCAUUCGUGGGAGAAGUCGGAAGCUUGCAGAACUCCUUUUAAGAAAUCCCAAAGAUGGAAGAUUACUUUAUAGACCAAACAAGGCAGGAGAGACGCCGUACAACAUUGACUGUAGUCAUCAGAAAAGCAUCUUAACUCAAAUAUUUGGAGCCAGACACUUAUCUCCCACUGAGACGGAUGGAGACAUGCUCGGUUACGACCUGUACAGUAGCGCCCUGGCUGACAUUCUCAGUGAACCGACAAUGCAGCCUCCCAUCUGUGUGGGGCUCUAUGCCCAGUGGGGAAGUGGGAAAUCUUUUCUACUGAAAAAAUUAGAAGAUGAAAUGAAAACUUUUGCAGGACAACAAAUUGAACCUCUCUUCCAGUUCUCGUGGCUCAUUGUUUUCCUGACUCUGUUGCUGUGUGGAGGCUUGGGAUUGCUGCUUGCUUUUACUGUGGAUCUGAAACUUGGAAUUGCAGUGGCUUUGAGCCUAUUGGCCAUUCUGUACAUAUUCUUCACUGUGAUUUAUUUUGGUGGUCGACGAGAAGGAGAGAGUUGGAAUUGGGCCUGGGUGUUAAGUACAAGGUUGGCAAGACACAUUGGGUAUCUGGAACUUCUUCUCAAACUGAUGUUUGUAAACCCACCAGAGCUGCCAGAGCAAACCACGAAGGCUUUACCCGUCAGGUUUCUGUUUACAGAUUACAAUAGACUCUCUAGUGUAGGUGGAGAAACAUCCAUGGCUGAGAUGAUUGCAACUCUCUCUGAUGCUUGUGAAAGGGAGUUCGGUUUUUUGGCAACAAGACUUUUUCGAGUGUUCAAAACAGAAGAUACACAAGGUAAAAAGAAGUGGAAAAAAACAUGUUGCCUACCAUCCUUUGUCAUUUUCCUUUUCAUUCUGGGCUGUGCCAUUUCUGGGAUCACUCUUCUGGCCAUAUUCCGAGUUGAUCCAAAAUGUCUGACCGUGAAUGCUAUUCUCAUAUCAGUGGCCUCCAUAGUUGGCUUGGCCUUGGUCUUAAACUGUCGCACGUGGUGGCAAGUAUUGGAUUCCAUCUUAAAUUCUCAGCGAAAACGUCUCCACAGUGCCGCCUCCAAGCUGCACAAGUUGAAAAGUGAAGGAUUCAUGAAGGUUCUUAAGUGUGAAGUAGAAUUAAUGGCCAGAAUGGCAAAAACUAUCGAUAGCUUUACUCAGAACCAGACACGGCUAGUGGUUAUUAUUGAUGGGUUGGAUGCCUGUGAACAGGACAAAGUGCUACAGAUGCUUGACACAGUCCGAGUCCUAUUUUCCAAAGGUCCUUUCAUUGCUAUUUUUGCGAGUGACCCACACAUUAUUAUAAAGGCAAUUAAUCAGAAUCUUAAUAGUGUGCUGCGUGAUUCAAAUAUAAAUGGGCAUGACUAUAUGCGCAAUAUAGUUCAUUUGCCUGUCUUCCUGAAUAGCCGGGGUCUAAGUGGUGCAAAAAAAUUUCUUGUAACUGGCACAACCAAUGGAGAUGUUCCAUGCUCAGAAAAUACAGGCUUACAUGAAGAUCUUGACAGAAGAGUUUCACAGAAUAGUCUUGGUGAAAUGACUAAGGUUGGCAGCAAAACAGCUCUCAAUCGACGGGACACCUAUAGGCGAAGACAGAUGCAGCGGACAGUUACCCGUCAGAUGUCUUUUGACCUUACCAAAUUGUUGGUGACAGAGGACUGGUUCAGUGAUAUAAGUCCUCAGACUAUGCGAAGAUUACUUAAUAUUGUUUCUGUGACGGGACGAUUGCUCAGAGCUAAUCAAAUUAUUUUCAACUGGGAUAGACUGGCUAGCUGGAUCAAUAUUACAGAACAGUGGCCGUAUCGUACGUCAUGGCUCAUAUUGUAUUUGGAGGAGACCGAGGGCGUUCCAGAUCAGCUGACUUUAAAAACCAUCUACGAAAGAAUAUCGAAGAAUAUUCCAACAACUAAAGAUGUGGAGCCUCUUCUUGAAAUUGAUGGAGAUAUAAGGAAUUUUGAAGUGUUUUUGUCUUCACGAACACCAGUUCUUGUGUCCAGAGACGUAAAAACCUUCUUGCCUUGUACUGUGAAUCUAGAUCCCAAGCUACGAGAAAUUAUUGCAGAUGUUCGUGCUGCAAGAGAACAGAUGAAUAUUGGAGGACUCCCGUAUCCCACCCUGCCUUUACAUGAGGCCCCUCCUCGACCGGUCUCAAUGUUCAGCCAGCCUUCAUCUGUGUGUUCUUCGUCCACUUCCUUUAACGGGCCUUUCGGUGGCGGAGUGCUGUCCCCGCAACCUCACAGCAGCUAUUACAGUGGCAUGACGGGCCCUCAGCAUCCGUUUUAUAAUCGGCCAUUCUUUGCCCCAUAUCUUUACACGCCAAGGUAUUACCCUGGCGGUUCCCAACAUCUCAUCUCACGUCCAUCAGUAAAAACGAGUUUGUCCAGAGAUCAGAACAAUGGCCUAGAUGUUAUCAAGGAGGAUGCUGCUGAGGGGCUGCCUUCACCCACAGUCUCCUCAAUGCAGAAUGAAUCUGAGUUUAACAAACAGAGACAGGGAGCUGGGCCAGUCACUGGACCGUCCGUGGUGUCUCUAAGUGCAAUGACUGUGGAAGCAGUGUGUGAGAAACUGAAGCAGAUCGAAGGGCUUGAUCAGGGUAUGCUCCCUCAGUACUCUGCAACAAUCAAAAAGGCGAAUAUAAAUGGCCGUGUAUUAGCUCAGUGCAACAUUGAUGAACUGAAAAAAGAAAUGAGCAUGAAUUUUGGUGACUGGCACCUCUUCAGAAGCACAGUCUUGGAAAUGAGAAAUACAGAAAAUCAGGGCAUUCCCGAGGAUUCCCGACUGCUCCCGGAGCAUGCUAGUAUCGCAGUUUCUCACGGGGAAUCCGUCCGUCAUCCUCCCCAUAAUGAACUGCCUCACACUGAACUCUCCAACCAGGCUCCCUACACCCUCAACUUCAGUUUCGAGGAAUUGAACACUAUUGGACUUGAUGAGGCUCCUCCACGUCACAGUAACUUGAGUUGGCAGUCACAAACUCGCAGAACCCCAAGUCUUUCGAGUCUCAAUUCCCAGGAUUCCAGUAUUGAAAUCUCAAAGCUUACCGAUAAGGUGCAGGCAGAAUAUAGAGAUGCUUAUAGAGAAUACAUUGCACAGAUGUCUCAACUAGAAGGGGGGGCGGGUUCCGCAGCUGUCAGUGGCCGAUCUUCUCCUCAUAGCACAGGGCUGUAUUACAUGGGGCAGAGCGCCUCAGGCAGCUCUAUUCAUUCUGGGCUAGAGCAAGACAAAGGCAAGGAGAGCGAACAGAAACCAGAGGACGGCAGAAAGCCCUUUUUGAUCAAAAGAGAUGUGUUAGAUUAUACAUCAUCAGGGGUUUCCACUACCGACGCGUCUCCUUUAGACCCUAUCACGGAGGAAGACGAGAAGUCUGACCAGUCUGGGAGCAAGCUCCUCCCAGGAAGGAAAUCCUCAGAGAGGUCGAGCCUUUUCCAGACGGACUUAAAGCUUAAGGGAGGCGGGCUGCGCUAUCAGAAACUGCCAAGCGAUGAAGAUGAAUCAGGGCCUGAAGAAUCCGAUAACACUCCCCUUCUCAAAGAAGAUAAAGAUAAGAAAGCCGAAGGAAGGGCAGACCGGAUGCCGAAGACCCCGGAACAUGGGUCUGAGCCCAUCCGAACAUUGAUCAAAGCCAAGGAGUACCUGGCGGAUGCCCUUCUAGACAAAAAGGAUUCCUCGGACUCGGGUGUGAGAUCCAGCGAGAGCUCUCCCAAUCACUCUCUGCACAAUGAAGCUUCUGAGGCGUCCCGCCUUGAAAAGGCCAAUCUUAUAGAGCUUGAAGAUGACAGCCACAGCGUCCCACGAGGGCUGCCCCGCAGCCUCAGUGGCCUCCAGGACCCACUUGUAGCGCGCAUGUCCAUUUGCUCAGAAGAUAAGAAGAGCCCGUCGGAGUGCAGCCUGAUCGCUAGUAGCCCGGAGGAGAGCUGGCCCGCUUGCCAGAAAGGCUACAACUUGAACCGAACGCCUAGCACAGUGACCCUGAACAAUAACAGCGCCCCAGCAAAUCGGGCGAACCAAAACUUCGAAGAACUGGAAGGGAUUCGAGAAAACUCGCCCGUCAUUUUGAGGCCUGGCCCCAGUUCCAACUCGACGGCCAUUCAGAAUGAAAAUCUGAAGAGUCUUGCUCAGAAGCGAAGUCAGCGUUCCACUUACACAAGGCUGUCCAAAGAUUCUUCAGAGCUCCAUACCGUUACCGCUUCUGAGAGUGCAGGUUUUGGCGAAGAGCGAGAAAGCAUUCUUUAAGCAGAGUGAGCGAGAUUAGAGCCGAGCACCUUCAUCUUGGGAUUCAUUGUUCUUCAGUCCAGGCACAUCUCCUCGUAUCCGUUAUUUUCUCCAUAUGUGGCAGUUGCUCUCUGAGGGGAAGGAAAGAUUGGGCCUGUAGACUGUCUGCCUCUGUCGUUCCCCCUUCGUAGUUCCAAAAUUAAGAACCCUUGACUUUUUUCAUGGUGGUUUGCGAAACCAUAUUUAGUUUUUUAAAAAUCCUUCUCUUCCCCUGGCUUGUGUUUGGUUGAGUGGGAACCUGGGAAGUCUGCAAAGGUCAGGACCCUUAAUUACUUGCAAAAGAUUUAGCUUUCAAAUGGGAGUAGCACAGGCAAUCCUCGGGAAAGGGCAUCUGGCCUCCCUGCUGCGUUUUCACAAGAUGGUCCUCAUUAGAGAAGAUGGCCGAGUGUGAGCCUAUUGAGUAGCCUCCGAGUUGAGAACCGCCAUGGAACAUGAGCCAAUAUACACUGCAAAAGGUGCUUGGGCUUAGGGUUUUGGUUUCUAAAGGGUAAAAUUGUAUUGAACAGAUACUGGGAAGGUCAGUUGUUAAAGCUAGCUAACAGUCUGAAUCCUGAGCAAAAGGACUCUCUUCAAGUUGUCCUUUUCUGUCUUUCUCCUCUCCUCUCCCCCUCAGCCUUAAAUCCCUGGCUGGGGCUCUUCUGUUCUGCAUAUGGCUGGGCCAUGGUUCACUAGGGUAGUGAAGUAGCAGUCGGUUGCCAACCUGGUUGGGGGCCCCCCUCGUCCACUCCCAUUUUGGUUCUUUCACUUCACCUCCUGAACCCCAGAGCUGGGCUCCAGGAAGCACUCAAGCUCCCCUGCGGUUUCCCAAAUGACUGUGUCUGGAGGCCCCCAACACAGGGGUCCUUGUCAUCCCACCAUGGGCGACUGCACUCUCAUCUCUCAUGUUGUGUCAAGUUGUAUGGGCGUUUUCCCAGUCCUCAGCGCUCUGACUGCUGAAUUUGGUGAAUCCAGUUAGUGAACAAGACAAGAAACCCACAUCUAUUGAAAGCAAUUCCGAGGCCAAAUGAGCACAUCACCGAACCCCGAAAUAUGAUGGAUUUUUUUACUUUGGAGUUGGUGCCAGGGAACGAGUCAUCGUCAUCUGACAAUAAUGAAGCAGGACAACAGAAGUAUUAAAGUCACUUGGAGCGAGUGUGAUUCUUACAUUCCAUAUGUCUUCUUAACUUGCUCUCUACACACAUAUGACUCCACUUAAGUAUUGGUAUGUGUAGUUAGUUUAGUGUGCCUGCAUCACGCGCUAAGCUGUUGUGUUUGGAAGUAGCCUUCGGAGUAUGCAGUGUACUGAUGCGAGUGUCAUAACUAGGGAGGACUGGGAGUUCAUCCUCAUCUUCAUAUUGUAGGAGAAUUACAUUAUCUGAGUUUAGUAUUAACAUUGUGACAGGUGUUUAGGACACAAUAUCUCUGUUAGUAUGUGUCGUGGAUUAUUUAUUGUGGGUCAGAAAUCUCCCAAUCAUUGCACUAAAUAGUACCUCCACUUGUAGUCUUCAGUUAAGGUGGCAUUACUGUUGCUUCAGUGUUUGUGUGGUCAAAUCAAGUUUAUGACAUGUCGAUAUUGCAUGAAUUUGCAGUAAUGGAUAGUUGAUUUUUAGCUCCUAGGAAAAAAAGGAAAAAGAUUACUAUUACAAUCACUGCAUUAAAAUUUAGUGGCCAUUCAAUGUGAUGCUGUGUAAUGAGAUAUUUUAGGCCUAGCAUUGAAUUUAAUAUCAGCUAAGUAGCUGAUCUGAAUAUCACUGUAACACAUCCAUUAUUACUACUGUAAGAGAAUUUGCAUGAUUUUCAGCCCAAUAGACCUAGAGAACAAUAAAGAACUGGCAUGUUG